AACGAAUGAGUGAGUCGUCAGUAUUUCCUUUAUAUUAAUGAGUGAUUUACGGGUUUUAUGGGUGCUGUAAGUGUCAGUUUAUGCUUUUAUGGCAAGUUGUAGCGAGCCGACUGUAAAUUAUAUUUAUAUCUAUCGUUAUUAGCUCGCUCAGCCAAUGAAAAAAAGCCACGGUUCAUUUGUGCAGCAUUUAGGGGAAUAAAAAGAAAACAAAAAUCACGGUAUGGAGUAUGAGGAAAAGGCCAGGUCUGUCGCUGAACGUCUUUUAAGUUACAGGAAAGACGAGUCCGGCUGGAAAAUCUGUAAGAAAUCGAAUGAAGUUGCUGUUUAUUGGCGACCUUCAUCUGAAUUCCCUGGAAAUGUAUAUAAGGGAGAGGGGAUAGUCAAUGGCAGUCCACAGAAAGUCUGGGAGUGUUUGAAACCAGAGCCAAAUGGGCUUCGUCUCAAAUGGGACAACAACGUGAAGAAGUUUGAGCUCCUUGAACAAGUUUCUGUUGAUGUCACAGUAUGCAGAACUGUCACUCCCUCUGCUGCCAUGGGCGUUAUAUCGCCACGAGACUUUGUAGAUGUUAUUUUAGUCAAGCAAUAUGAAGACGGAACAAUUACAUCAAAUGCGACUCAUGUGAGCCAUCCAGCUUGUCCUCCCCAGCCUGGCUAUGUGCGCGGCUUUAAUCAUCCAUGUGGUUGCAUUUGUGUGCCUGUACCAGGGGAAGCAGGUAAAACUCAGCUUAUCAGCUUCUUCCAGACCGAUCUUGGAGGUUUGCUUCCUCGUUCCGUCGUGGAUUCAUUCUUCCCUGUCAGUAUGGUUGAGUUUUACACGAACCUUACUAAAGCUGUUAAAUCUCUCAAAUAGCACUAAAGGCACUUUUUCUGGAAUAUCCACUUCCAUAACUGCUCAACAAAAAUGUAUUUUCUGAUCCUCGCUGUGUUUCCUAGUGAGCACUAACUGACCAUUAUUGAGUUCAUUCCUGAUUCUGACUUAAAAUUUAAGUCGACCCUGGCCCGGGCCUUGAUCUGACCCCUAAAAAUAUGUCCUUUUUAGUACAUUUGAAGUUUGACUUCUUGUGUAUGACCAGAAAUGUUUAUUUUCACUGAAAUUUUAACUUCUAAACAUUAUUGUGCUCACUAGGCUCAUGUUUAGUUUUCAUUGGUUUUUAAAUGUUAUAUUAUUUCCAAAGGUGCAGAACAGAAAAGUAAGUUCACUAAAUAUUUGUCAAAAAUGGCUGGUUAGAAAUUUUUAACCCUACUACAGCAAA